AUGGCGGAUUUAUUUCAUCACUCUUCGUCAUCAGGAACAAGAUUUCAAACAGCGAUAUGGACAAUGAAGCUUGCAUUUCUGUUAAUCGGAAUAAUCUCAACAUUCCUUUUGUUUAAACUUGCAAUACCUUACUCUUUCUCGCUUUUCAUUUCUACACUUCCUCGUAUUUGGAUCUCAUUUCGAAGCUGGUUAGCUCCUCCUUAUCUUUACAUACUUGUCAACUUCAUCAUCAUCGGUAUUGUUGCUUCGUCAAAUUAUCAACAGAAGGUUUCAGAAAUGAAGAACAAACAAGUUGACAGGGAAACAGAGGGGAUGGGGAGAGAGUCACAGAUGAAGAAGAAGAAAGUUGAGAGAGAAUCUGAGAAGAAGAAAUCUAGUAGAAGAAAGCAAAAACCAGAUCAGAAAACAUCGGUGAGUUUUUCAGAAUCCGAUGAGUUUGUGUCAGUUUCCGGUGAGAAAUCUGUAGUUUUUGUCAAGAAAUCGGUUGAGUCUUCACCUGAUACUCGUUCUGAUACUUCAUGUGUGACUGAUUCCGACGUUUCACCACCUGUGAGCCGCCAAAAAUCGCCAGAAGUUCAUCGUAAACUUUCUAAAUCGGUUGUUGAGCCGACGAAGCAAAUCAGUGUAGCUGAGGAAUUGGAACAGAACGAUUCGUUAGACGCUACGUGGACUGCGAUUAUAGAAGGACGUGGAAAACCUCCAACUAAGCAUUUAAGAAAGAGUGACACGUGGAAUGUUCCUCCAACUGUGAUUCUACCCGGCCAGGAUAAGAAAGAACUGAGAAAAUCUGAAACGUUUAACGACGUGGCCUCUACCGGCUCAUCUGGAUCGGGUUCUUCUCGCGGCAGUGGUGGUGGUGGGUUGAGAAGAGAAAGUUCGUUGAGUCAAGAUGAGUUGAAUCGGCGAGUUGAGAUGUUUAUUAAGAAAUUCAAAAAUGAUAUGGUACUUCAGAGACAGGAAUCUUACAAGCGUUAUCAUGAGAUGAUUAAUCGUGGAGUUUACUAG